AUGGAUAGGAUCAACAAGGUAGUGCCGAUUUGGAGGAGGGUAUGGUACAGCUGGAAAAGUCUUGAAAGUGUUCCUUUCAGAAAACAGUUCUUCGCCGGCUAUGAUUUGAAAGGGAAUACCUACUGGGAGUUCUAUCCCAGAGGUAAGGGGCCCGAGAAGCCUCGCAGAAUAUGGCACCCUUACAAGUCCGAAGAAUUCGUAUUUGACUACUUUGAUAAGCUACCUAUACAGUGGCUUCAAUGGUUGAGAUACUCAAGAUAUAAAGCACCUACAGUACAGGAAUUGGUGGAUGAUGAAAGGAGACUCGAAAAGUUGCAGAAAGUCGUCAAACUCAAGGGUGAACAGAUGGAGUAUAAAAAGAACUUGAGUGACAAUAAAAUGGUUGAAAACAUGUACAAAGAGAUUCAAAAAAUGGAGGGUGAAAAAGCUACUCGGAAGCAAAAGGAACACGAGAAGACCAGCUCGGCUUAA